AUGUGGUCUGCGGUGGGUGCGUGUCCGCGCAGCCGGCACCGUGUGCGGCGCAGGGCCAUUGCGGCUGUGCGUGCGGCGCUGCUUGUGGCGUUGGCGCUGUUUGCGGCGGCGGCGUGGGUGCUCGCGGCGCAUGCGGUGGUGCUGCGACUGCGGGGCGGCACGAUGGACAGGGCCAUCACGGUUGGCCGAGCCGUGGAGACGGUGCUGAUGGACGGCGUGUACAUCACGAACGGCGUGGCUGUGGUGUUCGACGUGCCGGCGAUGCUUCCCGGCGCGCUGCGCAUUGAAUUGAGGAACUGCGUGUGCGACGGCGGUGCGCAGCUCUACGUGCGGGGCUACAGCGGCGAGCCGGCGAGUGACCGGAGUCUGGAGGUGAGCGUGAGCGGGCUGUCCGGGAGCUACUGCUCGCUCGUGUUUGUGGACAACCUGCCGGCACACACGAAUGUGACGGUCCGUGACUCGACGAUUGUGACGGCGGGGCCGAUGCGCUACUCCCAACUGAGCGGGCUGACGGACGCGGUGGCGUCGCCGCUUGUGCUGCACGCGACGUCGCUGUUGCAGACGCAGCUGCGUGUGAGCAACACUGUGCUGAGGUCGUUGGACGCGGGCGGGUCGGCGGUGCAUGUUGGCGGCGGUGUGGACCUGCUGUCGAGCGCGGUGGUGCUUGACGGCGUGUUGCUGGAGGCGUCGGGCGGUCCGACCGCGUCCGCGAUGCAUGUGGCGUCCUCGUCGAUUCUCAGUUUGCGGAGCCACUCGGUGUUUUCCGUGACGAACGUGUCGGUUUUGAGCAGCGGCGGCGGCAUUGUGCUCGGAGAGCGCCUCGCGGUGGUUGACUCGGUGCUGCGCUUUGUGGGCGUCGAGGGGUCUGUUGCGUCGUCGCUGGUGCGCUGCGACGGUGGGACGGUCGGUGCCGGCGGGUGGCUGGAGCUGCGCGACGUGUGGGCGGUGGGCGAGAUGUCGUCGGUGGCGUCGCUGUCGGGGGUGACGCUGAGCGGCGGCACCGUGUCGAUUGCGCGCUGCGCUGCCACCGGCGCUACGCUUGUCUCCGGGCCGACGAUCACGAGCGGCGCCGUGUCGGUGCAGUGCAACCGUGCUGACGGCCGGGUGCUGCGGAGCAGCGGCGACUACCGCUCUGCCGGCCUGCCCUCCGUGAGCGUGGUGCCGUGCGACGGCUGUGCGGCUGCGCUGGCGUGCUUUGCUGCGCUGACGGCGUCAUUCUCCGACUGCGUGUGCGGCUGCCGUGCCGGCGGCGUGGGCGAGGCGUGCCUGCCGUUCGACGUGCCGCCUGCGAGGGCCGGCGGCGGUGGUGGCGGUGCGCAGGGCUGCGUGAGUGGCGUGACGCUGACGGAGUCCGUGACGGUUGGCGGUGGGCGUGGGACGGCGUGCUUCGACUCGAUGGUGUUCAGCGGACCGAUCACUGUGACGGUGGACCUGCACUUGAUGGACGUGUUCGCUGACGCGCUGAACGUGACGCUGCGCCACUGCGUGCUUGCGGGCGGCGCGCAGCUUCGGAUUGGUGGCCUCAGCGAGAGCACGGCGCACCUGAUGCCCCACGCCAUCGUCAACAUGACGAAUGUGACGUCGCUUGAGGGCACGAUCGUGCUGCAUGGCGCGAUGCCGCUGAACUCGAGUGUGCUGCUGGCGAACUCAACGCUGCGUGCGACGGUUGGCGGGUCGCAGUACGUGCCGACUACCCGUGGCCACGCGGGAUCCCGGUACGGCCCCGCGCUUGUCCUGGACGGCGUCCGGCUUCUGUCGACGCGGUUUGUCAUGACGCGGUCUACGCUGGUGUGUGGCGGGGGCUUGUGCGCUGCGAUCCUCGUGGAGCGCGGCCUUGUCGUGAACCUGUCCAGCGUCUUCUACAUGGACAACUGCGCUGUCAUGUCGUGGACGCACGUAAUGUACGCUCUUGCGUCGGACCUGCGUGUCGGCGGCGGCUCCGUGUUCUCCAUACAGAACAGCUUGUGGAGUGCACCGAGCACCGAUUACUACGGGGGCGCGUGCAUGUUUGAGGACGUUGCGGUGGAUGGCGGCAGCGUGCUGCAGAUUGUGUCCAGCACUUUCCGUCUGGGCUUUGCCAUGCUCAUGGCAAACACGCUGACUGUGACUGGCGGCAGCUGGCUGGUGCACCGCAACAACGAGUUCCGCACCGCCUACGUUUUGUAUGUGGCCAAGGAAAAUGGCGUGUCGUUCCGCGAUCGGAGUGUGUGGUCGAUACUGUACAACAACUUCACGUACGGUUCGUACUCGUCAACCAUAGCAAAUAUGACAAACGGUUGGUCACCACCAUCUGACUCGCGCCCGACCAUCUACGGCGUGUGCAACGACCUAAGGGGCUCACCUGUGACGAAUUACGGAGACGAGCUCAAUAUUGGAGCACCCGUGAGGGUGUUGGACCGCGGCGCGUGCACCGUGGACGCCGUGUGCUUUGCUGCGAGGACAAGCAGCAUCAGCGGCUGUGAGUGCGUGUGUGCUGCUGGCGGCUACGGCGACACGUGUCUUCCAGCAGCGGUUCCGGACUGCCUUGGGCCGCUCCCGCUCCCCGAUGCGGACGACACGGAGGUCCGCUGCGUGCACGGUGGCAUCAUCCGCUCCGUGGAAUAUCCUGAUCCCGGUGUGCGUGGUCUGUGCUUCGUCAACGUGACCUUCACCGCCGCGAUCGUGCUGGACCUGUCGUAUUUUGACGCGCCACAACAGACACUCAACAUCACGCUGCUGCAGUGCGUCCUCGUGAGCCUGUCGAUCAGAGGGAGUGGUGCGCGUGUGCACGUGAACGCGACUUCUUCGAUGCUGGAUUCUGGUGAGUUGGAGUUCAGAGGUGAUUUUGGCGCGAGCUCCCAGAUACUGGUGGUGGGCAGUACGCUUGUGACGACGUCGAGCCACGCCAUUUCCUUUGUGGAGUUUAUUUUCAGUGCAAAUUUGACGCUGCUGCUACUCGACAACUACAUCGAGGGAAAUAGGCACGCAGUCCAUUUAAUCAAUGCUGUUGUUGUUGAUGGUGGCGGGAUCAUUGUGAAGGGAAAUACGCUGAUCACAACGGAGGAGGACGACGGUGUGGAAUCAUCUGUUUGCGUUAAUGCUGUUGCUGUGAAGAACGGUGGCUACUUUGACGUGGAGAACAACACGAUGAGCUCGGUCAAUGGCGUUAUUCUUUUUGGGGAUACCACCGUGAGCUCCGCGGGGCUGCUGAGAGUGGCGGACUGCACCUUCGUUGACAGAACAGAAUCUUUUGAUCCCGCGCUGCUGUAUUUGACUGGCUCGGUGACACUCGAGGGAGGUGCGCAGUGGCGUGUGACGGGCAACGACGUGGGUGCAGCCUCAGUAUUAACUAUUCCGUAUUCCGGGCGCAAAAUUCGGCUGUCAGACAGCGGCACCACCGUAGUGCUUGCACACAACCGUCAGGUGGAGGAUAGUUGUCUCUUUGCUGAUCUGGCUCUUCUAGAAGGGAUUGUGACGUCACCCGCGCGGUUUGUGGUGGGGUGCAACUUGCAGGACGAUGAGGAGGUGUCGUACGACGAUGUGUUUCCGGAGGGCGUGGUGGUGUUCGGGUGCGGCACAUGCAACGAUGACGCGGCGUGCUACAUGCCCGGGACGGAGUCGGUGGACCGCAGCUCGUGCUCGUGCAGCUGCAAGGACGGAUGGCAUGGCGCAUCGUGUCUUCCCUUUGAGGUGCCCGACACUUUUUUGCUCCCCUUGCCGGAGAGAGCCGUCGACGACGACACGAGCUGCGUGGUGAACCAGACGCCGACGAACGUCACGCUGAACAUGUGGAAGACGCACCACUGCUACGCGGGCGUUACAUUCAGCGGCGUGGCUGCUGCGCUGACGUUUUUCCUCAACAGUAUGCCGCUGCAUCUCCCCAUCAACAUCACGCUCAGUGGGUGCACAUUCCGUGAGGGUGCCGCGCUGCAGUUUGUUGGGGGUGCUGAGGCGGACGAGUCAGCCGGCGUCCUGAUCCGCGUGAGCCAGACGGUGAUGCUGUCCUCCGCCGUUGCUUUUAUACGUGCCCUCCCGCAGCGCUGCGACAUUGUUGUCACGGAGGUUGAUGCGGUACAGACGUUUGAGGUCCGGCUGCCACACACUAGGAUCAGCAUUUGGAGCGUAUUGUUGCUGGGCGAUGUUGUGUUGAGUGCGUCGACGCUGUUGGUCAGCAACGUCAAGGCGCAUUCAAAGAAGCAUGAUGCGUUUGGUUUGUACUCGACAGGUACGCUAAAGCUGGUGGGUGGCAGUUCGCUGUACACGCGGUACUGCAGCUUUGAUGGGUACAUGCAUCUGUUUUACGUGCACAGGCUCGGUGUCUGCGAUCACUCCGUUUUUGCUUUGCUCAACAACAUAAUGUUCUCCGGGACAAGCUUCUUGUAUCAGCACUCCCGCUUAGGCGUGUCGGAUCACAGCGUGCUGCGCGUGGUGGGGAACAGCGGCUCCGUGCGCUAUGCCAUCUAUAACAAUGAAUUGUGGACCGUUGAGCAGUCAAGCUGGCUGGACUGGCGCGACAACGACGUGGAAGUGGGUGCGAUGCUCUACGACAUUGGCUCCGCUUUUGUGAGCAUUGACGGCAGCAGUGGCGUGACGCUGACGGGCUGCAAGAUGGGCUCGACGGGGUUGUCGAUGCCCCUUUUAUCUCGGGCUGACGCCGGCUACCGGUUCUUUGCCGGGUGCCUGACGGUUGCGGGACGGGAGGUGACGACGGCGGCUGAACUGGAGCUUCACGGCAUCAACAACGUGACGGCGGUUGCAGUGUGCGGGGAGCGCACGAAGGACGGCGACUGCUUUGCUCCGCUGACGACGACGGUCAUUGACUGCAGGUGCCAGUGCGCUGCUGGAGGGCACGGCGAUGUGUGCGUCCCGGCGCCUGUGCCUGCUGGUCCGCCACACCGCCGACGCCGCACCGUCACCAUCACGCCGCA